UGCAGAAGCAAGAUAGCCGAAACUUGUCAGGUGGAUGAUUUUCUCACAAAUGAGGAUGUGGAUAGAGCUCCAGUCAAGUCAGUCAUCAUGGGUCAUUUGACCAACUUGAUUCAAGAUUUUCAUCACUACUUUCCUGACAUGGAGGAGAAAUCUGCACAGCUGGAUUGGGAAAAACUCCUGGAAGUGUCAUCUGACCGUGGCUUCCAGAUGAAGUUUUCCACCUCCACACUCACACAGUUCUGGGUGUUUGUGAAGCAGGAGCACCCUUACCUGAGGCAGAAAGCUUUGGAGCAGCUAUUACCCUUUGCCUCCACAUAUUUAUGCGAGUCAGACUCUGCAUGGAGAAGAGCUUGAGCACAGCAGUUGCCUCCCUGCCACCAAGACUGACAAAGAUCCUCAGUGAAGCACAAGCUCAGGGUUCUCACUAAAAUGUCUGUCAAAAAGAACUGUGAAAAGAAA